AUGGCAGAGAGGAAAUCGCCGUCGGACGGAAGAGUUUGGAGAUUAUUUAAGCCACCAUUUCGAAACUCAGGAGCUUCGCAUUCAACGACGUCGUCGCAUAGUACUCACCAACAGCAACAGAGUCUGAAUAAUUCGCAGGUGGAGAGAUCGAAUGGUCAGAAUAACAGCUCGAGCUCGUGCUCGGUGUCGGUCUCUUCCGUUGCUAGAUCUAUUCUUCCCACAUGGCGUCGUUUGAGGCUUGACCCUUCAAAUAAGCUGUAUUUUCCAUAUGAGCCUGGUAAGCAAGUACGAAGUGCAAUUAGGAUUAAAAAUUCAAGCAAGUCUCAUGUAGCUUUCAAGUUUCAAACAACCGAACCAAAAAGCUGUUUCAUGCGUCCUCCAGGGGCUGCUCUUGCUCCUGGCGAGAGUCUCAUAGCGACUGUUUUCAAGUUUGUGGAGCAUCCAGAGGAUAAUGAAAAACGAAUGGAAAAACGAACGGAUCAAAAGAGCAAUGUGAAGUUUAAAAUCAUGAGCCUCAAGGUGAAAGGAGCAAUGGAUUAUGUACCCGAACUGUUUGAUGAGGAGAAGGAUCAAGUGGCUGUAGAACAGAUAUUAAGGGUUGUUUUUCUGGACGCUGCACGUCCUAGCCCGGCUCUAGAAAAAUUGAAACGCCAGUUGGCUGAGGCUGAGGCUGCUCUUAAAGACCGCAAGAAACCUCCAGAAGCCACAGAUCCAAAGAUUAUUGGUGACGGACUUGCAAUCAUUGAAUGGAAAGAACGAAGAAAAAGAAACCUGGCUCGACAGCAGGAUGUUUUCAAAAAGUUUGUUAUGAUACGAGUUGAGUUUGUCAAAAGAAGGAUGUAUGCUAUUUCAGAAAUAACGAUCAAAGAGAAAGAUACCUGGCCCAACAGACCUCCACCCCGACUCUAUAAUGAUGAAAUUCCUUAUAAGGAUGAAAUUCUCGGUCUUGAUUUCAGUAAUUUCUGUUGA